AAAGGUCUAGAGAAGUUAUAUAAAAACUAGACAAGAAAUUUCUGAGAGUCUGGGGACACGUCUGGAACUGAACUUGGGAAUCUCUUUAUGGUUUGUCUGGCAGACUUACCAGGUGGACAUCUUAAGUGACCUCUACAAUUUAAGAUGGAGAUGCCCCCCUGCCUCUGGUUUCUACUUUUAGCCCUCAUCCAGCUAUCAAAAUCUCAGCGGUCAGAGCCUAUAUUCAGUUCAGUGACCAAAACAGUUUUGCCACCUGAUUAUGAGAACAACCCCACUCAGCUGAAUUAUGGGAUUGCCGUGACUGAUGUUGAUGGAGGGGGUGACCUAGAAGUGCUAGUAGCUGGGUAUAAUGGGCCCAAUCUGGUGCUGAAGUAUGACCAGAGGAGAAAAGUGCUGCAUAACAUUGCUGUGGAUGACAGAAGCUCACCAUAUUAUUCUCUUCGUGAUCGCCAAGGCAAUGCAAUUGGAGUAACAGCUUGUGACAUCGAUGGAGAUGGCAGAGAGGAGAUUUACUUCCUCAACACCAAUAACGCCUUCUCAGGCCUGGCAACAUAUUCUGACAAGCUGUUUAAGUUCAGGAAUGGCCGAUUUGAAGACCUUCUGAGUGAUGACAUCAAUGUACGAAGAGAUGUGGCUAAUCGAGUGGCAGGUCGCUCUGUUGCCUGUGUCGACAGAAAGGGUAUUGGUCGCUAUUCCAUUUAUAUUGCUAACUAUGCAAAUGGAAAUGUGGGUCCGCACUCUUUAAUCGAGAUGGAUGAAGCUGCAAGUGACCCAUUAAAUGGGGUCAUUGCCUUGCAUAAUGUGGCUGAAGAAGCUGGAGUCAACAAGUUCACUGGAGGCCGAGGUGUAGCAAUUGGACCCAUCAUCAGUCAGACACUUCCAGAUAUAUUCUGUGAUAAUGAAUACGGACCCAACUUCCUAUUUAAGAACAAUGGAGAUGGAACAUUUACAGAUAUUGCAGCGCAAGCUGGAGUUGAUGAUCCCCAUCAGCAUGGACGAGGGGUGGCACUAGCAGACUUUAACCGCGAUGGCAAGAUAGACAUUGUGUAUGGAAAUUGGAACGGGCCUCACCGUCUGUUUCUUCAAACAAAUGCUAACCGCAAGCAGAGGUUCAAGGACAUUGCCACGCAGAAGUUUGCCAUGCCUUCACCUGUCCGCACUGUCAUUGCUGCCGAUUUUGACAAUGACCAGGAGCUUGAGGUGUUCUUUAAUAAUAUUGCAUACAGAGGUUCUUCUGCAAAUCGUGUGUUUAGGGUGUCAAGAAGAGAACACUCGGACCCAUUGAUUGAGGAGCUCAAUGUAGGGGAGGCAGCAGAACCAGACGGCCGGGGAACUGGAGCUGUUGUUACAGAUUUUGAUGGAGACGGACGGCUGGAUCUUAUAGUGUCUCAUGGUGAAAAUGUGGCGCAGCCCCUCUCUGUUUUCAAAGUCAACCCGGGGUCUGCCAAUACAUGGUUACGAGUGAUUCCACGGACCAAACAUGGAGCUUUUGCCCGCGGAGCGAAGGUGGUUGCUUACACUAAGAAAAGUGGUCCCCAUACACGCAUCAUUGAUGGAGGAUCUGGCUACCUGUGUGAAAUGGAGCCCGUUGCUCACUUUGGACUCGGGAGAGAUGUGGCUACCAGUGUGGAGGUGUGGUGGCCUGAUGGUAAAUCGGUGGCACGACCCUUGACUUCCAGUGACAUGAAUUCUGUUCUAGAGAUUCCAUACCCAGUAGAUGAAAUUCCAGUUCCAGAAUCUGUUGAAAUUGAGUGUGGACAUGGAUUUGCGGCUAAUGAAAAUGGGCGCUGCAUAGACAAGGAUGAAUGCACGCUGUUCCCCUCUGUGUGCCCCAGGGACCGACCCAUUUGCAUUAAUACCUUUGGAGCAUAUAAAUGCCGUCCUAACAAGAGAUGUGGCCAUGGAUUUGAGCCCAAUGAGGAUGGAACAGCCUGCGUUGCUCAGGUUGCAUACUUUGGGGGAAGUGCAUCCUCCUCUUCCAGCUGUCCUGUUGGUGUCCAUUAUGUUUCAAUCGCUCUGCUUGGACUUGCUUGCUUGCUUUAGGGCCACUGUUUCUUCUCUUGCAUAGGUUUAUCUCCUUAAGUCCAUAAGUAUUAUUGGCCAUUUGAUUGUGGAAAGUUUGGAUCAAGGACACACCACCAUCAUCUAGAAAUACAUGUUGAAGCUGCUGUACUUUUUCCAAAGAUAACACAUGUCCACAUUUAUUCUUUUUUUUCUUUGUUCUUUUUCAAAUUUAAUGGCAAUCAUUGUUUAAUCUCAAUAUGCUGCUGUAUGCCACAAAUGAUGUUUAUUUAGGAUGUGGAAAAUUAAUAUUUACAGUGUAUCAUUUUGAGGGUGCACUCUUCCAUUUAGCCAUGAGGUCUAAAAUAACCCCAAUAUGUUUUCCUAUGUGGGAUUCAAAAUGCAUUUGUUGGUUUAAAAAUAGGAUGUGAAAAAGCUGCUGAAUUGAACAUUUCAAUAUUUUUGAGUAGCAUCAGGGAUCAGAAUGUGAAUACACUUACAGAUAGACCUUUCAAGGUGCCCACACAGUAUACACAGAGCACUUUACAUGAACAGCAGAACACAACAGGAGAGUCAUUUUUAAAAGUGUACACAAUAGGGAGCUCAUUUCAGAAAAAAAAGUGAUUUUUUGAGUGAAUUUUGUUUAUUCUCAUAAAUGAAAUUCAUUAUUAACAUUUCGACUUUUUGUCCUAAUUGAUUCAGUAAAAGAACUGUGAGAAGAAAAAAAUGUGAGUUUGUGUACCAAAGUGUAAUCCUGUUUAAUUGUCAAUGUAAAGGGCUUUUUCUUCAAAAUAAUAAACCUUGGAAUAGGGCAACACUGGUGCACCUCCCUAUGCAUCCGUCUGUAGAAUGACAGGGACUUCCUGUUACAGGGAUAUUUAUAAAGGAGGAGCAUAAGGGGUGUGGCCAGAGACAGACAGGGUCACUGCUUUUCAUCUGGGACAUUACUUUCUGUCUAAGGGGAAAAUGGAUAAGUGGUUGUGUUGCAAUCAAAUUCUUUUCCUUUGCAGCCUUCAGAUUGGUCCCCAAAAGAGAUCUGUACCCGCAUAUGUGAAAGAAUAUUUUCAAAAUAGUUAAAGAUAU